UUAUAAGUGGUGCCUGCGGAAAUAAGAGCUAAAAAUUAGAAAGUGAAGGAAAUAGAAAUGGAAGAUGAAGAAGAGAUAUUCGACGGAGUACGAGCUCAGUUCCCUCUCACCUUCGGCAAACAAUCUAAAUCCCAAAUCCCGCUCGAACAAAUCCACAACACCACCCGCCGCCCUACUCCCCCCAACACCACCUCCGCCGACAAAUCCAAUGCUUUCCCUUCUCUCUCUUCCUCCUCCAAGGCCUGGCUCGACUCUCUUCGCGCCUCCAAAACACCUAACCCUAACCCUACAAUUGGGCCUUCUCCCCUACUUUCUAAGCCCCGCGACGAUGGCGAUGGCGAUGGCGAUGGCGAUGGCGAUGUCGAUGUCAUCAUUGGACCCCCUCGCCCGCCACCAGGUUUUAGUAAUGCGGCUGAGGAUGAUGAUGGAAAGGUUAUGGUAGGGCCUUCUGGUGAUGACGACGAUGAUUCUGUGAUGAUUGGACCGCCGCGUCCGCCACCGUCACAAGAUUCGGACUCUGAGGAAGAAGAGGAGGAGGAGAAUCGGUAUCGGAUUCCUAUGAGUAAUGAGAUUGUGCUCAAGGGCCAUUCUAAGAUUGUGUCAGCUCUCGCUGUUGAUCACACUGGGUCUAGAGUUCUUUCUGGGAGUUACGACUAUACAGUACGCAUGUAUGAUUUCCAAGGGAUGAAUUCACGUUUGCAAUCAUUUAGGCAGCUCGAACCAUUUGAAGGUCAUCAAGUUCGUAAUUUAAGCUGGAGCCCAACUGCAGAUCGUUUUUUGUGUGUGACUGGUUCUGCUCAAGCUAAGAUAUAUGACCGUGAUGGACUUACAUUAGGUGAGUUUGUAAAAGGGGACAUGUAUAUUCGUGAUUUGAAGAACACCAAAGGCCACAUAUCUGGGUUGACUGGAGGAGAGUGGCAUCCUAAAACUAAGGAAACUAUUUUGACAUCAUCAGAGGAUGGAUCAUUGCGUAUAUGGGAUGUAAAUGAUUUCAAAAGUCAAAAGCAGGUCAUCAAACCAAAGCUUGCUAGGCCGGGAAGAAUUCCAGUUACAGCAUGUGCCUGGGACUGUGAAGGAAAAUGCAUCGCUGGUGGCAUUGGAGAUGGUUCUAUACAGAUAUGGAACCUCAAGCCUGGAUGGGGAAGCAGGCCAGAUGUGUAUCUUGAGAAAGCCCAUUCUGAUGAUAUUACUGGUCUUAAAUUUUCCAGCGAUGGACGAUUUCUACUUUCAAGAAGCUUUGAUGGCUCACUGAAGGUUUGGGAUUUGCGAAAAACAAAAGAUUCUCUAAGGGCUUUUGAGGAUCUUCCAAAUCACUAUGCUCAAACAAAUAUAGCAUUUAGUCCUGAUGAGAAGCUCUUCUUGACUGGAACAUCUGUUGAAAGGGAGAGCACAACUGGAGGUUUGUUGUGCUUUUAUGAUCGGGAAAAACUUGAUCUUGUUUCCAGGGUUGGAAUUUCCCCAACUUGCAGUGUUGUGCACUGCAUGUGGCACCCAAAACUAAAUCAGAUCUUUGCAACAUCUGGAGAUAAAAGCCAAGGUGGAACUCACAUAUUAUAUGAUCCAACACUUAGUGAGAGGGGAGCUCUUGUCUGUGUUGCUCGGGCACCUCGGAAAAAAUCUGUGGAUGAUUUUGAGGCACAACCUGUUAUUCAUAACCCUCAUGCACUACCCUUAUUUAGAGAUCAGCCAAGCCGUAAGCGUCAGCGAGAGAAGAUAUUGAAGGAUCCCAUUAAGUCCCGUAAGCCUGAGCUUCCAAUAACAGGACCAGGUCAUGGUGGGAGAGUUGGGGCAAGUAAAGGAAGCUUGUUGACCCAGUAUCUACUUAAGCAAGGAGGAAUGAUCAAGGAGACAUGGAUGGAGGAAGAUCCAAGAGAAGCUAUAUUGAAGUAUGCUGACGUUGCAGCAAAAGAUCCCAAGUACAUUGCUCCAGCAUAUUCACAAACCCAGCCUGAACCAGUUUUUGCAAAAUCAGAUUCUGAGGAUGAAGAAAAGUAAUCUGAUCAUCUUGUUUCAUUUGCUGUUUGCAGCCUGGUAAUGGAUCUCAUGGUAUUUUCUCUGUGGGAGGGCUCAGCUGUUCAUGUAGUAACAGUAGAAUAUUGACACAUCUAAGGAAGUUAUAUUGUGCCACUACCCUUGCCAAGAAUUGGUAGCUCAAUUUUCUUUGCUGUUUAUUUGUGGCUGAGAUCAGAUCUUUGCCAUCUCUUCAGUAAGUUCAACAGCAGAAGGCAUUGAAGAAGAAAUAAUGAAAUAUGCUGAAAGUUAUCAUCAUAGCUUACAAUUGGUGAUAGUUAAAAUAGGAGAAUUUCUGAUGUAUUUUUCGAAGUUCUGAUCUCAGUAACAUGGACAGGGCUAAAAUGUAGAUGAGCACCAAUCUCAUAAUCUAUGUAUCAUAGUCUGCUUCUCUGCUGUAGAUUUGUCGAAAGCUGCCAACUGGUGCCUAAAGAAGUUGUGCUCUCUGAGUUGGGACAUCUUCAGCUUGAUGUGCUGUUCAAUCUUCACUACCCUUGUAAUGCUGUAUAAUUUGCCAUUUUAUUGGUUCCAACUGAUCCUCGAGAAUUAGUCUCUUCUUGCUUGUAAUAAAAGAUAUGCCAGAUGAAGGUAAUGUUUCCCAAAGUUGGGUGCAGAAUCAACCUGUUAUUAUUACUACUCUACUAUUAUUACUAUUAUUAUUAUUCUUGAAGAA